UUAGUAGAGUAAAGUUUACCACACUAUCAUAUGGAAUCUAGCUGAUUGCUUUGAUUAUAAAUGCCUAAAAUCGCAUUUAUUUAAUCUCAACUUAACUUCUUUUGUGUUUAUGGAUUUACAUAGCUAUUUUCCAGAACCUGUUUUAAUUAAAUGGCAACGAUGCUGAGUGCAACGAUAAGUUUGAGGUUUUUAUUUGUGAUUUUUAAGGUGUUAUUGUAUAAAUUAUAUGAAGCUUAACUGGGAAGAUGGCAUUUUUUCGCAGUGCUAAUAUAUUGACUGAAAAAUCUUACAACAUAUUGUUUACAUUCAUUAUAAACAUGAACAAUAAAUAUCUGGGAUUUUGUUCGUGAACUUUAAUAUCAAAUGACGGUACCAAAAAGCGUCCGGUCCAAUGAAUAUGUGUCCGUCUCGUAAAAUACCUCCCGAAUCAUGGUUAAAGGGACAGUUAUUUUUCUUGUGGUCUAACCAGCAGAACAUCAAACUUGUGAAAGAAAAAAUUGCAUUGCUUGGAGGUAAAGUGGACGAAUUCUUGAGUCAAAAUAUCACAACGAUUCUUAUAGACGAUUUUCAUUUAGCUACUUAUACGUACUAUCCUAACAAUCUACCUGUAGAUCCUAGUUUCUUUAAUGUACCUCACAUAAUUGCAUCAGCUGCGAGCUACCAAGGUGAUUUGUAUAAUUUACCAUCAACUUCACAGGGAUACAAUGUAAACAAUUCCUAUCGUGUGAUUAAAUUUGCAUUAGAGUUUCGUAUCUCUAUCUGUGGAAUCGCCUAUUUUUUGGCCUCCAUUGAACCCCAGCUUAAGUUUAUCCAUCUGACAACCAAGAAAAAGUCGAAUCAAAAUGUGUCAAAUCUUCAAGGCACAUUCAUAAAGUUUGAAAGUCAAAACAAGAAAUUUCGACCCUGCUUUAAAGUAUUUGGCAAUGACACUGAGCGUUUGAUGCCUCUUCGAAAUGCAUCAGUGUUAGUAAGACUUGAUACCUGUGAAAAUAUAUUAACAACUCCAGUCGUACCAAAACAGGUACAGCAUAUUAGUUUAACAAAUGGGGGUGAGAGGAUGGGUAAAGCUGGGAAUGAAUUAAAGCCAGCUUUAAAACCUGGUGAUAAAAAAGUACUGAAUAAAGCCAAACCCAAAGAAGAAAAUAAUUACUGUGAAUGCUGCAGAUCUCAUUACACUGACUUAAAACUUCACUUAGCUAGUAACAACCAUCUAAAAUUCGUAAACAAUGAAAAAAAUUACGAAACUGUCACUGAAAUAAUGAAGUUACUACCAACUGCUCAAGACUUCAUGGCUAAACAUCAAAAAUCUUUUUUACCUACAAAUUUGUCUAUUUCAAGUUGUAAUAUGAAUUUUAUGACUGAUAAUAGUGCAAUAAUUGAUGCAAGAUUUCCUUUGCCUAAUAAUAAACCCAUAAUGACAAACCAAACUCAAUCAACUUUACAAAUGAAGGAAAUUGAAGAUAUGCCUUUAGAUUUGCAUGUUGAGACACUAGAUGAUACAGAAAUGCCAAAUGAGUUAUUAGUACAUCCUAAUUUCAUUGGGCAACUUGAUGAAGCAGGAAACUCAGCUGAAGAUCUUACUACUGUCCGUUGUGAACCAGGCUUUGACUUAAAUCGGGUUAAAACAGAACCGAUUGAUGUUGGUGAAGAUGAUCCAGUUGAUGAAAAGCCAAAUGAAGUUGAUGAAGCUGUUCAAAAUGAACAACCCAAUCAGACUGUACCGGCUGAUGUGCCAAAUUCAGCCUCAUUAGCUCAAAUAUGCUUGAAAAAUUUUGAUAGUUACUGGCUCGAUAGUCUUCCUGAUGAAGAAAAAGAUAUCUAUUUUGAUGAUAAUAUUUUUGAUUUAGAUGAUGGACAAAAAAUUGAGGAAUUCAACAAACCUGAGGCUGAAAAUCUUCCUCAAACAACUGGGUUAGGAUCUUGUAUUGCAUCCUUACCGUUGAAUACAAGUUUGAACAUUUCCUUGUUGAUGAAUAGCGCUGGCGAAGUCAAAGAUAUUGGAGAUAAGUCUGAUUUUGGUCUUUCUCCUUAUAAGAUGGAUUUUGUUAAUCGUGCAUCUCCAGUUCCUGGACAUUCUUUAACUAUUGAUAAACUGUUGGGCAAUGAAAAAGUAAGUUAUGAUCCACUCAAGUUAAAUGCUACUGCUGAUGUCUCCAAUCCAGUAACUUUAGACUCUUACAAAAUAAUGCCUGAUAUUGUUGAUGAUACAAGUAUAGUUGAUGUGGAGAACUUUGAACCUGAUGCUGAAGCUGAUAAAUCACCAUUAAAUUUAGAGCCAUAUAAAAUGCCUGGUAAUGCAGAACUUGGUUAUUUUGAAAAGCCAAAUUUAGAAACUUCUUGUUCAAAUAUGGCUCCAGAUAAAUCUGGCGAUAAAAUGUUUUCUGAUGAUUCUGAAGAUGAGGUGGAAUGCAAUCCUAAAAUUGGUAAUUCAUUUAUUUAUAAUGUCUUAAACAUCAUAACAAACAGCGAGAGUGAAGUUAAAACCAUUAAAGUAAACCAAAACCUAGCACCCAGCAGUGAUAGUGGAAUGAAAUUGGAUAGCAAAGUAGUUUCAAGUGAGACUGAUAAAGAUAAAAAUUCCAAACUUCAAAUUGAAGCUGAUCAUGUCAAGCAGAAUUUUUCCAAUGUUAUCAAAAGCAAUAUUAAUAUCGAUAGUGAAAGUGCUAAAAACACGGAUGCUACGAUAACUAGUGAUGCGUUAUCAGCUUCCAGAAUGGAUGCGAUAGCCAAUAAAGGUAACUCUAAUACAUGUGUCAACUUUGGAGAGGUUGAAGUUAGUGCAUCUGAUAGUGGUUUAAAUCUUGAAAGCAAUGAUAUGGACAUUAAAAGUCUGGAGAGCCAAUCUGGAAUUCAGCCCUUUAUUAGAUGUUCUACAAUACAGUCUACAUAUCCUCUGGAUAUUGAUAAAAAUGUAUCAAUAGCUGAAAAUCUCUGUAUUCAAAAUACAUGUUCUGCUUCUGACAUGAAAUACAAAAAUGAUUUAAAACCUUUUCAAACUGUAAGCUGUUCAGUUGGAACAAAUAUCCACACCAAUCGUGAUAAUAUUACCAUUGAAGCUGAUACUAAAUGUCUGCCGGCUAUCAAACCGUUAAAUGGGUGUUAUGGAAUGCCGCUACCUAAAAGCAGUAAAUUUAGCGCAACUAACUUAAUAAAUAUUUGUGAAGAAAAGUUCUCCAAAAUUAAUAAUCCUGGUUUUCGAAAAAUGCAAGAUUUCGAUGAUACUACUAGAGCUCCGAAACAACACCAAGGUGUUUCACUAGAGAAAACCAAUGAAUCCCAAAUGUUUAAAACUAGCAUUUCAUCAGGGAAUGGCCAAUAUGAUAAGUUCAAAAGGUCUUCUAAAGUAUUUCACCAAGCAGAAGUUAAUGCCAUUGAUGAAAAGAAACCAAUACUUCCAAAUGAUCCUCCUAUGAGUACAGACUUUAGUCAAGUGAGAAAUCUCAGCUUGUCAACUAUAAAUACAUCUGAUACUGAUGCAUUAAGAAUGAAGUGUUAUACUAGUGUCAGUUGUGACAAAUUAUCUGGUGCUAAAUCAUUAGAUAAUCCUGAGCUAAAAACUGUUAUUUCCUGUACUAGCCAACUUACUGAUAAAAGAAGUGAUGCUCAAACUAGUUUUAAGCCCAGAGACCAUACUGUUCAGAUCCCAAAGAAAAGGUACACAAGUACCAUUUCUAAAAACUUUGAAAUUCACAUAGAAAAAAGUUCAGCUCUUCCUAUCAAGAAAUCAGCCUGCCAAAACUCUCUCACAGGAAUUCAAACUGAUUUUGAGAUUGGAAAUAAAUCCAGUGUCUGUACUUUGGAAAAGACUGAUGAACCAGUUAAACAAAGUCCUCUUUUAAGAUCUGAUGUUGACAAUUGUAAAAUUGAUCCGCCAAAUACAAGCAAGCAAUCAAAGCCAUUGCGUAGUAAACAUGUCAAGCCUGUCAAAAGAAAAAGAUGUGAAGUCUAUGGCAGGAGAACACGAAGAAAGUCUGAAAGAAAACAUUCCAGUUCUGAUUCCAAGUCCACAAUUUAUGGUAACAGUGAGUCAAAGCCAGUGAUGAAUUACACAUCAUAUAGACUUUCCCAAUCAAAAAACCUGCCAAAUGUCAGAAUGCCACCUAAAAAAUCUCUUCCAAAACUGAAAAAGUUACCCUCAAUAUGGAAAGUAAAUAAAAUUCAUGGAUCUGGCAUCCGACUUCGAUUCACAUGUCUUCAACAAGAGACUUUCCGAGCUAUUGUUUCUUGUGAUGAAUAUGAAUUUAACGAGUGAGCGCUUCUUCUCACCAGUGUUACUUUUAUUGUAAGUAUUAGUGUAAGUGUACAUAUGUAUUAUAAAGGAUUAUUUGAAUAGCUCAUUUGGAAUAUGUGCUACAUUUGAUAAACAUCUUCAUGGAAAAAAGAAACAAGAUCAGUAGAUCUAUUUUAAAGUAGAAUUGUUUUUCCACAACUUUUGUAAGAGUAAUAUUUGCCAUUGCAUAUUUUUGUAAGAAAUUGACAUUUUAUUCUAAGUGAUAAUUAAAGGUUACAACAUUUUAAGAAUUUUGCUUUUUUGUAUUGAAAAUUAAAGAAUGAAUAUGGAGAAUAAAUGUGACGAGUUAUAUUGUUUAAAGAGUGACAGCUCGCGCCAAAAAUGAAAGAAAUUGCUCUAUUAUUUUUUUCUCCCUUUAAAUAUUGGUUUGUUGUUUUUUGUCUUUUCUGUUUUGAGAAAGGUGAAAAUUCAAUAUAUGUUUCAAAAUUCCUGACACUGUUAAUAGCUUAGUGUGAGCUUAAUUAAAAUUUAUCAAAUCAAAACAAAAAUAAAUAAAAUUUCAGCUUAAUUAUAAUCUUUAUUUUUAUUUAUUUAUUUAGUUUUUUUUUGCAGUUUCAUUUUUUUUAUAUCUUUCUAUCGCAUUGAAAAAUUUGGGGACUUGGUCUAUGAAACCUUAUAUUAUUUGAAUUGGUGAUAUGAAAAUUUUAGCUUUAACUGAUUGAUAAAAACUCUAAUCAAACAAUAUUUUUGAGAUUACUUUUUACUAUUAUAUUUUUAUUGUUUAAUACAUUUUAAGCUAAAUGGUGGCUAGUGUUUUUUUUUCUUCCUGCUUAGAUAAAGUUUAAAAUUUAAUAUGUGUUCUGUAUCAAUUCGUUAGAUUCCAGCUUAUGUCUUUUGCAAAUUGAAUCUUUAUGGACUCUUGCUCAAGCUGUUGAUACAAUAGUGCGAGCUUUAAAAUCUAAUCAAUACAAAACAAAUUUUUCAGUUUCAUGGGAAUCUAUUUGUGCUGUUUUUAUUUUUAGAAAAGCAGCAAACUAAAAGAAGUAUUAAGUAUACAUUUUAUUUAUUUUAAUGUUAUUGAAAUACUUUGCUAUAAGAUAGCAAAUGAUUAUUUUUAUAAGUUUUCAAAUUUUUUUUAUCAUUUGAGUACUUGGUCUUAUUAAAUCAUAUUUUAAGGAAAUUGGCAAUUAGAGAGGCUAUAAAAUUCUUGGGACUCAUUUAAUAUAUACUCUACUAAUAUAUUGCAUUGAGUUUUUAAGUUUUUCUGAUCCUUGUGU